CGAGCGCGCGGCCGGGAGCGAGGAGGGCGCCCUGGGUGCAAGGGCCAGGCCCGCGGGGAGGACGCGUGCCCUUCGGGACGUCGCGGCCGGGGGUCCCACGCACGGGUGGGCGCCGGGAGCCAGGGCCACUGACCCGGCGCUUGGGGGCCCUUGGGAUCCGGGCAGCGGGAGAAAGAGCCGGAGCCCGGCCGGGAUGACGAGGUGACGCCUCCGGGGGGCGCCACUCGCUUCGUGGGAAGAUGCUCGCCUAUUGCGUGCAGGAGGCCACCGUGGUGGACGUGGAGAAGCGGAGGAACCCCUCCAAGCACUAUGUCUACAUCAUCAACGUCACCUGGUCCGACUCCACCUCCCAGACCAUCUACCGGAGGUACAGCAAGUUCUUUGAUCUGCAGAUGCAGCUUCUGGAUAAGUUCCCCAUUGAAGGAGGCCAGAAGGACCCCAAGCAAAGGAUCAUCCCCUUCCUGCCAGGCAAGAUCCUCUUCCGGAGAAGCCACAUCCGGGAUGUAGCUGUGAAGAGGCUGAAGCCCAUCGACGAGUACUGCCGGGCACUUGUCCGACUACCUCCUCACAUCUCACAAUGUGAUGAAGUCUUUCGGUUCUUUGAGGCCCGACCCGAGGAUGUCAACCCCCCAAAAGAGGACUAUGGCAGUUCCAAGAGGAAAUCAGUGUGGCUUUCCAGCUGGGCUGAGUCUCCCAAGAAGGACGUGACAGGUGCCGACACCAACACCGAGCCCAUGAUCCUGGAGCAGUACGUGGUGGUCUCCAAUUAUAAGAAGCAGGAGAACUCGGAGCUGAGCCUCCAGGCAGGGGAGGUGGUGGAUGUCAUCGAGAAGAACGAAAGUGGCUGGUGGUUUGUGAGCACCUCUGAGGAACAGGGCUGGGUUCCUGCCACCUACUUGGAGGCCCAGAAUGGAACUAGGGAUGACUCGGACCUCAACACCUCCAAGGCUGGGGAAGUGUCCAAGAGACGCAAGGCCUAUCAGCGGCGCCUGGAUCGCCGGUGGACCCUGGGCGGAAUGGUCAACAGGCAGCACAGCCGAGAGGAAAAGUACGUCACCGUGCAGCCCUACACCAGCCAAAGCAAGGACGAGAUUGGUUUUGAGAAGGGCGUCACUGUGGAGGUGAUCCGGAAGAAUCUGGAGGGCUGGUGGUACAUCAGGUACCUGGGCAAAGAGGGCUGGGCGCCAGCAUCCUACCUAAAGAAAGCCAAGGACGACCUGCCGACCCGGAAGAAGAAUCUCACAGGCCCUGUAGAGAUCAUUGGGAACAUCAUGGAGAUCAGCAACCUGUUGAACAAGAAGACAUCUGGGGACAAGGAGACGCAGUCCGCUGAAAGCGAGGCCUCCGAGGCCCCCGUUGCUAAGAAAGAGAUCAGCCUGCCCAUUCUGUGCAACGCCUCCAACGGCAGCGCCUUGGGUGUUCCAGAGAGGACCGUCUCCAAGCUGGCCCAGGGCUCCCCAGCUGUGGCCAGGAUCGCCCCGCAGAGGGCCCAGAUCAACUCCCCAAACUUGAGGACCAGACCUCCACCUCGAAGAGAAUCAAGCCUGGGCUUCCAGCUGCCCAAGCCACCAGAGCCCCCUUCCGUUGAGGUGGAGUACUACACCAUCGCUGAGUUCCAGUCUUGCAUCUCCGACGGGAUAAGUUUCCGGGGAGGACAGAAGGCAGAGGUCAUCGACAAGAACUCGGGUGGCUGGUGGUACGUGCAGAUUGGGGAGAAGGAGGGCUGGGCGCCCGCCUCCUACAUCGAUAAGCGCAAGAAGCCCAACCUGAACCGCCGCACGAGCACGCUGACCCGGCCCAAGGUGCCCCCGCCGGCACCCCCCAGCAAGCCCAAGGAGGCCGAGGAGGCCCCCGCAGCUGCUGGCGACAGCCAGGAGUCCCCGCUGAAGCUCAAAUAUGAGGAGCCUGAAUAUGACACCCCCGCCUUUGGCUUUGACUCAGAGCCAGAGCUGAGCGAAGAGCCUGCAGAGGACAGGGGUGCGGAGGACAGGCGGCCAGCCCAGCCCCGAAGGCCCUCGCCUGCCUCCUCCCUGCAGCGGGCCCGCUUCAAGGUGGGCGAGUCAUCAGAGGACGUGGCUCUGGAAGAGGAGACCAUCUACGAGAAUGAGGGCUUCCAGCCAUACCCAGAGGACACCCUGUCGGCCAGAGGCUCCUCCGGGGACAGUGACUCUCCAGGAGGCUCCUCCUUGUCCCUUGCCAGGAAGAACUCCCCCAAGUCAGCCUCCCUCCUAAAGCUCAAGGCAGAGAAGAACGCCCAGGCAGAACUGGGGAAGAACCGCUCCUCGGCCUCCUUUUCCUCGUCCAUCACCAUCAACACCACCUGCUCCUCCUCCUCUUCCUCCUCUUCCUCCUCCCUGUCCAAGAACAGUGGGGACCUGAAGCCCCGCUCUGCCUCGGACGCAGGCAUCCGUGGCAUUCCCAAGGUUGGGGCCAAGAAAGAUGUGGACACGAAGGCCGGGCUGGCCUCCUGCACGCGGGCCAAGCCGUCUCUCCGACCCAAGCCGGUACUGAGCCGAGCUGAGUCUCAGAGUCCAGAGAAGAUGGACAUCAGCACUUUACGGCGCCAGCUGAGGCCCACAGGCCAGCUCCGUGGGGGCCUGAAGGGCUCCAGGAGUGAGGACUCAGAGCUGCCCCCCCAAGCAGCAUCGGAGGGCCCCAGUGCGGGGUCCAGGAGGGGCUCGGCUGAUGUCAUCACCCUCCCCACUGCCAUUGCCCCAUGUGCCCCCAGGAAGGAGUGGGAAGGGCCGGCUGCCUCCUACGUGACCUGCAGCGCCUACCAGAAGGUCCAGGACUCGGAGAUUAGCUUCCCCGCAGGCGCCGAGGUGCAAGUGCUGGAGAAGCUGGAGAGUGGGUGGUGGUACGUCCGCUUCGGGGAGCUGGAGGGCUGGGCCCCCUCCCACUACCUAGUGCCCGAGCAGCAGGAGCAGCCCGAGCUGGAUGUGGCGAAGGGCAGGCCGGGGGAGGGCAAGUCAGACAGCCUGGAGAAGAUCGAGAGGCGCGUGCAGGUGCUCAACACUGUCAACCAGAGCAAGAGGGCCACACCGCCUGUCCCCUCCAAGCCCCCCGGGGGCUUCGGCAAGCCCUCAGGUGCCGCGGCUGUAAAGAUGAGGAAUGGCGUGCGGCAGGUGGCAGUCAGGCCCCAGUCCGUGUUUGUGUCCCCACCGCUCAAAGACAACAACUUGUCCUGCGCCCUGCGGAGAAACGAGUCACUCACUGCCACGGACGGCCUUCGCAGCGUCCGCCGCAAUUCUUCCUUCAGUGCUGCGCGCUCGGCCACCACCGAGGCCAAGGGCUGCCUGGCAGAGCGUGCUGCCAGCCAGGGCUCAGACUCACCCCUGCUGCCCGCCCAGCGCAACUGCGUCCCUGUGUCCCCUGUGCGCCCCAAACCCAUCGAGAAAUCCCAGUUCAUCCACAAUAACCUCAAAGACAUGUAUGUCUCUAUUGCGGACUAUGAAGGGGAUGAGGAGACAGCAGGCUUCCAGGAGGGGGUGUCCAUGGAGGUGCUGGAGAGGAACCCCAAUGGCUGGUGGUACUGCCAGAUCCUGGAUGAGGUGAAACCCUUCAAAGGCUGGGUGCCCUCCAACUACCUUGAAAAGAAAAACUAGCGGAGGCCACAGGAUCCCCCCACCCGACCCCAGCCACUGUGUGGCUCUGUAGCUACUGCUGGGUAAGCAGUGACUUGUAGACUUGAGGGGAAGGACAGUGUGAAACCUUGCAGAAAGUGGGACCUCCCUUGCCACUCCCCAACUAGAAGGGAGGGGGUGAGCAGGAAAGGGGGGGCACCGGGGCUAGGACCCGUGCGUGCACUGUGGCAACCCUGCUGGUGGACCGCACCACUGGGGACAGGCCAUUCAAGAAACCCCAGUUGUGCCUUUGCCAAAAAUCUGGAAAAGAUGUGGUUGGUGGGGCCUCCAGGCUCCUGCCCUGCUUGGCUCUUCUGGGGCAGAGCCCUUACCCUGGAGGGAACCCUUGUAUUGCCCUCAUAUGUCUUUGUGAAUUGCUCAAGGUUACCUGGGAUGGCCACUGCCCUCGGAGGGGAGCUGAGUGUGUGUGUGUAUGCUGACACUGCUGGCCCUGGGGCUUGGCGGGCUUGUGAGCCCCUGGGCCAGACCACUGUCGGUGUUCUAGAGUAGAGGAAAAGGUGGCUCCAAAGCGCCCUGAAGGGCCACCCUUUUUAGAUGUGCCUGUUCUGCCCUUCUCCGGGCAGGAAGGAGACGUUCCCGGCAGGCAUGGUCACCUGCAGAGUGUUAGGUAUUUCUCAGCAGGUGUUUCCAGAGGGUUAUUGAUUCGGGGGUUGUAUGUCAGGCCUUCGGUUUCGGUCUUACUUUUGGGUUGUUUGGGAGUCCGGGGAUGCCAGCCUCACUUGGGCCAGGCAGGUUGUGGGUGGGCUUCUCUUGUGCCCUGUGGGAGGGGUUUGCUUAGAUUCUGGUUCACGUGUUUCCCCUACCAGAUGCCAAAGUCGUUUCAUUUGGUUUCCACUGUGUGGACGGUGCUCGGGUGGGGCACCCACCAGAGGGAUCGGGCUGGGUAGGUGCCAGUCCCAUACUCAGCGACAGGAACCUUCUUCCUGCCCAGUUUCUGAGGGCUGGAGGAGUAAUGUCUCUCCGCAGAAGGGAGGACCACCAUUCAGAGCCAGACAUCAGAGGGGAGGCAGCUGCGGGCUGUGGUGGCCGCCAUUCGUGUGUGUUCCCCCACUGCGCGGAGCCAAAAGCCUUAUAUAGGACCUGUGGAGAAGUGGCCAUGGCCCCUGGCCCAGGCCCCACCUGGGCCCUGGGGCGGACCAGAAUGGACACCACCAGCUGUCCCGUUUGGCCUGCUGGCAACGCCAGAGAAGAUGGAGGACCCUUGUGCCAGAUGCCAGCGUGGUCUUCCCGUGAGGCAGCGCCCCAGUGAAGAGGGAAGCAGAGGAUGGUGUCCCCUGCAGGUCGCCUGUCAGCUCCAGGCUGUUUCCAAUGGUUGACAUUUCAGAGGGGACCCUCCAACAAGAAACCAGUGGCUUCCUGAGGACUCCCCACUGCUGGGAGUGGAUUUCCGCAUGUGCCUUUGUUUGGGACAGAUCAGGCCUCAGAGCAGCUGCCGGGGCUGCCCCAUCGAUUGAUCAACCAGUCAAUCAACCCAUCAAAUGAUCGACCAGCUGGGUGGGGCUGUGUACCCCUCCCAGGCAGAUCGGUGUCUCAGAUGCCCCAAUACCAGAGACCUUGCCCGGCACACUGCUCACGUUUGUUGUCAAAGGGCCAUGGUGAGGUGGUUUGUUUCCUUUUGUUUUGCUCGUGAGUUUAAAACUGAAAUUAGUUAUAUAUAUAUAUAUUUUCUGCUGGACAGUAUUAAAUAGAGCAGGAUGUUGAGUUAAUCUGCUAGAUUGCAGUACUAAUGGUAGUGGUUUAGUGUCUUCAUUUUAAUAUUAUUUGUACUUAUUUGAACAAUAAUGAUAAAGAAGUGGUUCAUUAUUUUUAAUUAAUGCACUUUAAGAUGGAAUGAAAAGCCCAGAGAGCAAAGUGCAUUACUUAAAGAUGCAGUAUAUACUUUCUCAUUUUUAAACAGCACAUAUUUAUUAAAAGAAAAAAGUAAUUUAUGAUUAUUUAAAAUAAAAUGUAAAAGCAGAGACUGUCGGGUUAGAGGCCCUUCCACAGAUCUGCCUUCCCGGGGGCGCCCCAGCUCCCCUCCUCAGCUGCCUGCACGAGCCGACCGGAGCCUCCAGGGCCCGCCCGCCCACCGGCAGGCUCUCCUCAGCCCCCUGAGUGUCUCUCAGAGCCCCUCUCCCAGGUUCCCAGUGCCCUGAAACUGCAGUCACUGACUGAAAAGCCUGCCCCGAAGGCACCAGGAGGUCCCCGUGUUGUCCCUUUCUGUGACUGCAGCCCCAGGCCCGGACAUGACUUCCCCGGAGUCCCGCGGCUGGUUCACCGCACACUUCCCGCCGCGUUAAUCCUGAGCUCCUCUCCCCACGCCCUGCCCCCAGUUUACCGUGUGCUCAUCAUGUUUACAUUGUGCCGUCCAGCCCAGGUCGGCUGGGAGCUGCUCAGGCAUCCAGGACAAGUGGAAACUGCUGCCACCUGGUGACAUCACACAGAUCGGGGCAGUGAACGGGGACCCACAGGCCUGUCCCUGCACUGCCCCCUCAUACGCCCCGCUCACAGCAGAGCACACACCUGCAGACCUAAAGUUUUAAUACUUGAAGCAAAAAGGUGCACGCCAAUCCUUCUAAGACUCGGCCACGGGUGCCGCGUGCCCUGGACUCCUAGCCAGAGGCAGGGCGAGAGCGCCCUUCCCUAGAGCUACUGAGCUACUCUGUGACUUCCCAGGGGGCUGCCGGCAGCGGCAGAGGAGGGCGAGGCCUGGGCUCUGACCCAUCUGGAGGAAAACCAGAUCAGACUUAAAGAAAAAAAGAAUGAAAUCUCAGCAGUGUCCAAACCUAGCUUUCCAUUGGUUGCGAUUGAAAAUGUGAAAUGACGUGUAUUGCUGUAUACUGCAACUUUAAUCAUAAUGAGCCCUUCUGAGGUCAUUAUUGCGGUUUAUAUAAUGCCCGAAGAUGCAUCAUGUGGUGCUUUGUUCUUCCUUCAGCCUCAAGACCUUUUUCUUUGAUGACAAGGGAAAAAAAGACCUUCCUCUCUCUCCCACUGUGCCCCUGUGUCACAGCAAGCCCAGGGCGCAGCGAGGAAGAGCAGGAAGGGGCACCCCGAGCGGCAGAUGUGCUGUUGGUGCUGCAGGUUCCCACCCAGGGGCUGGGGCCAGGUCUCAGCCUGUCCACCCCAACCUGGCCCCCGAUUUCUCUUUCUUCCUCAAGUUUCCAUCCUGACGAAGGCAUUAUAUAGAAUCAUUGUAAUCACUUUCAGAUGUUAGAGCAGCGUAUUUUACUGGCAUUUAUAGCCAUCGCUUUCCUCAGUAAAGCAUGUUACUACUUUCAUCCUCUAAGGAAAAGGGACGAGGGAUUUUGGCCAGGCAUUAUUUUCAUAUUACUAGUACUUGCAGAAUAGAUGUAGACCUAUUUAAGUUUAGACCUUGGUUUGGUAGUUUCUUUUGUUUUCAAGGGGCAAAAAAAUGAUAAAAUUAUCCCUAUUUUUCCUGAAGUUUUUUUUUUUUUUUUUGUAUUUAACUAAUAUAUUAUUUCCUUAAGGUUACUCACUUCCCCAGCCCCCUCCAAAUAUUUUACAUUCUCAAUCGAAAAUGAAAACAAUCUGAGAGCAGAAAAAGUGCAAUAUUCCAAGAGGGGCGUUAGGGCCGAUGGGCUGUGGUGGUGGGAGACCCCGGGCCCGUCUGCCGAGUGGAGGCAGGAUCCGAACUGUGGAACAGACCUCGCCACCUGUGGGGUUUGCUGUGCCGGCGUCCUCUGCCCUCUCCGCCUUCCCCGGCAAGAUGGCGGGGCUCCCAAGCGGAGGACAAGCCCUUUCGUUUUUGGUGUUGUCUACGCAGAAGAAAGGGGUUCAGGAAAGUGGCACAGGGCUCCUGACUCGGCCCAGUCCACAGAGUAGCGUGAGGACAUUCAAGAACCUGUCCUUGUUUUCAUUCCCAUUGUCCUGUGGCCCCCUGCUCUGAGAUUUGAGAAGCUCUCAGCAGCCUGUCGCCCCAAGCUCCUGAUGUUUGCACUCUGACCCUUUGAACGUAUGUUUGAAUCUUUCUAAAACUGUGGAACAUCAGUUCAGUUUAUGGGCCAGAGCCCUGGAUAUAACCAAACCCAUUUGGAGGGCGAGGGUGCCCUAAGCCCUGUACACCUGGGUACACACCAGGGAGGUCCAAAUCCCUCAGACCUGGGGCUGAGCCUAAGCUGUUCAUCUCUGUGAGCUCUGCUGAGGAGCGAGUCCUGCCCUCCUGCACCCCCAACCCCACCCCGCCCAUAGUCUGCGAGAGUUCUCCAAGGAGAUGCCAAGGGAUCUGUUUUCAUCUCUGCACAUAAGGACCCCCACAGCAGGUACCAAGCUGGCUUCCUCUUGCUCUGUGCUGGUGGAGGAAGCCACAGGAUGGGAAGUCUGUGGUCCAGGUACCAGAACCCUGCCCCUGUGGGCAGCAGGUGUGUCCUUGCUAGCUUGUCCUCUCCACCUCAGUACUGUGUGCUCACUGCCCCAACCCUGUGUUGAUUUUCAGCAUAGAGACGGAUUUUUGUGCCCAGGUGGGACUGGGCCCAUGUAGGUGGCUUCCUGUCCUUGAGGGAGUAAUCCACAAAUCCAGUCUGAGAAUCUCCAUGCAAAGCUGUCUGGAAAGAGAACUGUCCACAUCACCGAAGAAUUAAGAUUCCCUCACUUUUCUGAGGGCUGUAUGUUAAGUGUCUGUGUGUGUGUAUGUGUGAGUGUGUGUGAGAGAGAGAGUGAGUGCUGGUAAUUUCCCACUUAAACUAAAUAAUGGGGUUACAGGAAAAAAUACUGGGCAGGCUGUCUCCAUUGAACAAGUCCUUGGCAUUGGGCAGGACCCAAGGGACUCACAGCUUCCUGCAGAAAGUGUGUGUGUGUGUCAUCCAUACACACAGCUCUGGCUGGAGAGUGCAAUGUGUCUUUUUAUGAUUAUUAAUUAUUUUUUUAUUUAGUUCAUUGGAAACUUCACACUGGCAUUAACAGAUCUAGCAGAAGCAGCCUAAGCUGUCGUCCUGGGCUCCAAAUAAAGAUAUGGUAGGGAGACUGCUGCUGGACAAGGAAGUG